CCUGUGCGCGUGCGUGUGACCGCAGCUACGAGCCGAUUUCUCCCACAUCCACCAGUUCUGACGCGAUUCCACCAGCUCCUCCAGCGGUAUGACCCAGUCCUCCCAGUGGCGGAGCUCUAGCCGGUGAACCACGGAGGAGACGGAGGGACACGCCGGGAUGGCGGGGGCCUUGGGCGGCGGGUUGAAGGGCUGCCAGAGGAUCCGAGGUCCGCAGCUCCGGAGCCUGAUGGAGGCGAAGGACUUCUUCCUCUUCGACUGCGACGGAGUGAUCUGGCACGGCGAGCAGGCGGUGCCCGGGGCCGCGGAGGUGGUGAGGGGGCUGGUCCGCCGCGAGAAGCACGUGGUGUUCGUCACCAACAACUCCACCAGGCCGCGGGAGACCUACGUGCACAAGUUCCUCCGCCUGGGCUUCACCGGGGUGCAGCUGGAGCAGAUCUUCAGCUCCGGCUACUGCUCCGCCAUGUACCUGCGCGACGUGGUGCAGGUCCGCGGGAGCGUGUACGUCAUCGGCUGCGCGGGGCUGCGCAGGGAGCUGCAGGAGGCGGGGGUCCCCUGCGUGCAGGAGGAGGAGGAGGGGGGGGAGCAGGACGCCAGCAUCUACACCUGCCCCCUGGCCCCCGACGUCAAGGCGGUGCUGGUGGGCCACGACGACAAACUGACUUUUCUCAAACUGGCCAAGGCCUCGUGUUUCCUGCGGGACCCGGAGUGUCUGUUCCUGGCCACAGACAACGACCCCUGGCACCCCCUGCCCGAAGGAAGGAUCCUGCCAGGUUCUGGGUCCCUCAUUGCAGCACUGGAGGUGGCCUCCGGGCGAAAGGCCACUGUGAUCGGCAAACCCAGCCGCUUCAUGUUCGAGUGCAUCUCCAGUCAGUUCAGCGGCGUGGACCCGGCGCAGUGCCUGAUGGUCGGCGACCGCUGUGAGACGGACAUGCUGUUCGGCUCGAACUGCGGCCUGGACACCAUGCUCACCCUCACCGGCGUGUCCCAGCUCCAGGAGGCCGAGGAGUACCGGGACAGCGAGCUGACCUCCAACCACAGCCUGGUGCCCCACUACGUGGUGGACACCAUUGCUGAUUUCUUACCCGCUUUGGAGGAACUGGAAGAACAGAGCAAUUGAUGCGUCCCUUUGCCUCCGGUGCUCUGCACAGAUUGCAUCUCCUACAUUUCAAAGCAAUGUUUAGUCUGGCGAAUGCAGAAAAAGUUAUGAAAAUGUUCCAAAUCCAAAAUGAUCCGAAACCAUAAAUGUUCCUCAGAAGAUCAUGCGUAGGCCAGAAUCUUUCUCGCAGUAAUCCAGUGCAUACCUCAGUGUUUCUUAUUGUGUCGUGCCCAUUUGUGACUUGACGGUUCCUUGUUGCUGUAAGUGUUCAUGUUAAUAUACUGCACUUGUUCAUAGGUCGUGUUUGAUAUUGGGGUUUUGAACACCCAGAGGUAUUUUUGUAAAGCCAUGAAUUGUUCUCUGAUGGCAUUCAUGUGUUUUAGGAGCUGGUUCUUUUAUGUUGCCAAAAAAAAAGGGUAUGUAUUCAUGAACACAGAUUAGUUGAACUCGUAUGUAUUUGCCUGGCUGUGACUUCUCCUCGAAUUAUUCAUGACGAGAGGAGGAAGUAAAAAAAACUCCUGAGCUUUUCUCAGCUCUGGUUUAGACUGAGGUGACAAUCUGCCAGUCGAGAAAAAGUGAAGUGUAUUUUUCACCUUUGGCCUUUUCUCUCAUGUCUGAGCUAAUUGUGCCAACAUUCCUGUGAGUGAUUAACAGAGAGCUGAGUCUCAUAGUUAGAAAAAACUGACCGUGGCCGAUCAUACUGCACUGUUGUGUAACCUCAAUGUCGUCAAUGUUUACCAUAUAGAGCAUGCCAGCAACGGUAACAAUAAAUCCCUAAAAACGGA